UUUUGCUGAAUAGUUCAUUGAAAAAUUUAGUUCAAAGACAAAAUAAAAAGAAUUAUAAGAAGCUUUUGUCAAUAAUUAACGCAAAAUUAUAUAUUAUACAAUGUCUGUGGUUCAGAAAAUGCGUUUAUAUCUGAUGUGUACAAGUGGAGAAAAACAUAAAUUGAAUUGUAACAAAACGCACUGAGGAGCAGAAAAUCAAUAUUAUCCCUCAAAUAGAAUAGAAAAAUUUGCUGCAUAAUUUCUGUUACCCAAAGGGCGCAGCACGAUUGUCAAAAAUACUUUCGGUUGUGAUAAUGAAAAUAUAAAUUAAGAAAAAAUGUGGUGCAAUAUUUAGAAAAUGUUUGUGUUCAACAAUAAUAAUAGCAAAUUUAUAAGGACUAUUGAAAAUAACAUUGCGCCAAUGUUAUUUCAGUGCUCUGUUGGAUUUUAAUGGYUUUUGAUACAUCGAAUUCGGUUACUGUUGCAUUAUCUCUUAAAUGCAUCGCUAAAGCGUUAUAGUGGAAGAGGCAAUUCUUCGGAGAAGUGUCAAAACUGCACACCAAACGACUUAUUUAUUUUGUAAAUUUCUAUACGAGUUUUAACUGUUAUGAGGUACACAGGCUAACCUACAAUAAUUGAUUUGUCAUCAUUGUUGGUUGCGGUGAAGUACGGGUGAGCGCUUGCAUAAAUCGUAACUAACCAGUAUGAAGGAGAUGGUCGGCGGAUGUUGUGUUUGUUCGGAUGAGCGUGGAUGGCCCGAAAAUCCGCUCGUCUAUUGUGAUGGUCAGAAUUGUACUGUUGCCGUGCAUCAAGCUUGUUAUGGAAUUGUAACUGUCCCAACGGGACCAUGGUAUUGUCGAAAAUGCGAAUCUCAAGAACGUUCAGCUCGUGUGCGUUGUGAAUUAUGUCCAUCACGUGAUGGAGCACUUAAGAAAACCGAUAAUCAAGGAUGGGCCCAUGUGGUAUGCGCCCUAUAUAUACCGGAGGUACGUUUCGGAAAUGUCACCACAAUGGAACCAAUUAUUUUGCAGUUGAUUCCACAGGAGCGUUAUGCAAAAACUUGUUAUAUUUGCCAGGAGUCAGGCAAACCCAAUCGCGCCACCGUCGGUGCCUGCAUGCAGUGCAAUAAAUCGAAUUGUAAACAGCAAUUUCAUGUGACAUGCGCACAAAGCUUAGGCUUAUUGUGCGAGGAGGCUGGCAACUACUUGGACAAUGUCAAAUAUUGUGGCUAUUGCCAACACCAUUACGGAAAAUUGAAGAAGGGUGGCAAUGUGAAGACCAUACCGCCCUAUAAACCCAUUACACACGAUACGUCGUCUGACUCGAGUUUGUCACCCGAAAARGAGCUCGAUUCCGGUAUGAAUGCGACUGCCUCAUCAACUUCGGCGACAAGCAUCAAAAUUACUACUAAUAUAAAUGCUGCGUCAACYACGAAACAACGUAAAUCAUCCACCGCCUCCAAACAAUCAAACUCAUCAUCCUCGUCAUCUAAUGCUGCCGCAGCUACUGUCUCUUCCAGCGGAUUUGCUAGCAGCUUACAUGGAAGCAAUUUCUCUAAUUCCAACACUGGGUCUGGUAAUAUUAAUCUAGGGAGCGUAGGUGUUGGUUCAAGUGGUUCUAAUAACAGUGGCAACUUAUCAGCCAAUAACUCGUCCAUUGGUAGUGGUAAUUCGAUGAGUGGAGGAGCGAGCGCAAGUUCCACAACAAAUCUGAAAAAUUCUUCGAACAGUUCGAGCAGCUAUAAAGAAAAGGAUAAACAUAGUAAAAAUGUCAAUAAAACAUCAAGUUCAAGCAAAGAGAAAGACGGCUCAUCAUCGUCGUCUUCAUCGCGCGAUUCCCGUGAGAAAUCAUCCAAAUCGUCGAAAAACAAAGAAUUCUCCAAUAAUAAUCCAAUGAGUGGUGCAUCCAUGAACAAUUCAAGUACCACAUCAACUAGUACAGCGCUUAAUAUGAGUAGUUCCAUGCAUGAAAGCCACAGUCAUGGUGGCAACCUGUCCACUCAAAGUGCAGCACAAAAUCUUACAACUACAUCGGCAGCCGUGAGCAUGAGCGCUAGUGGCAAUUCAAAUAGUAGCAACAGUGGCAGCAAAGAGGCAGCCAAGUCGUCUAGUACUUCGAACACAGUUGGAAACAGUGGUUUUGGGGGCAAUAACAACGCGACGGACCUGCAUACCAGCAGCACUGAUAACAAUAACUUUGGCGGCGGCACGCAUAUGGACACUGCCACAAGUGUGGGUAGUAUAAACGUGAACUCUGCAAAUGGUGGUGGCGGUAUGACAGGUGCUGGUAGUAAAAGCUCAGGUAGUUCAGUAGCGAAGAAGCGAAAAGCCGAUUCAAAAUCAAAUAAUARCCUUGGAGACGACAUAAAUAGCCCAUUUAGAGAUAUGAUUAAAGACGUCAGUGUUACGUUAACGCCAUUAACGGAUUUUGAAAAGGAAAUCGAAAAGAGUGCGAAAAAG